UGCGAGCAUUACGAAUAACAAAGAUGGUGCGUCGAUGCUCGAAGCACUCGCUCCAUGAUCGUUCCUAGCCGAGGAGUCGUGCUGACCAGCCAUAUUGUUUCACCGCAGUGUUUGUUUUGGUGCAACCUACAUUUCAUAUUGAAAAAUUGAGGAAAAUCGGUUCGGCGUUAGGUAAAAGAAACGCGCUGAAAGUGGGGAAUCAUUUUAGGGCGUUGUACAAGUAACGGUGACCGUGCGGUCUUUUCUAUCGUAAUCGUCGGCAUCUGAAGGGGGGCUAAUCCGAUAUAAUCUGGGUGUCAGUCGACGCACACGAGAAACGGCCGAGCGAAAGAAAUGGCCUGCGCCACUCUAAAGAGGUCCUUGGAGUUCGAUCCGGUGCACAGUCAUGGUCGUCCUAGCAAGCGACGGAGAUGCGUCCCGAUGUGCGUUUCGCCCGGUACAUCGGCGCAGAACAAUCCGGGACCGCAAAAUCCCUCGCCCUUUGGCGAUGUUACUCACAAAUUAACUCCUGAAAAAAUGGCUGCCAAUAUCAGAGAAGAGAUUCGUAGACUGCACCGACGCAAACAACUAUAUUUCAAUCCCCAAAUCAACAAUGGAGAUUCUUCAGAUAUGGAAGGUCCUUCCAGUCCGUCUAGCCCUUCUGCAUGUGGUUCAAGCUCUUAUACUCCUAGUGGAAAAGAAAAGCCUCUUUUUACAUUUAGACAGGUUGGCUUGAUUUGCGAGCGAAUGCUUAAGGAACAGGAAACACAAAUCCGAGAGGAGUAUGAUCAGAUUUUAAAUAUGAAGCUUUCAGAGCAGUAUGAUGCUUUUGUUAAAUUCACCUAUGAUCAGAUACAGAAAAGAUUUGAAUCUGCAGCUGCGCCAAGUUAUCUAUCCUAAAAGAGGAUUGUUAUUUAUAAGGACACAUUUCUCUGAAGAAUAUUAUAUUUGUACUGUGUGAAACAAAUUUUGCUUCAAGUUUAAGCUGAAUACGCUGUGCCACCUCGUUCGAAAAAUUAUCUUUAGAUAAACCCACAGUAUAGUUUACUUUAAAAAUAAAAAAAUAAAUAAAAUAUGAAAACAAAAAAAAAAAUAAAAAAAAAAACAUUGAAGAAGGAAGAAGGAUUUAGUAAAGUAAGUUUAGUAGACUCAUGCUGAAUAACAGCCAGACUUAAAAAAUUUACAAUGUAUACUAUUGAAAUUAACAAUAUUUGUACUGUCACAUAACUCAAGUACGGUGGUAUCAAGGAACUAUAUUACGAGAAUGUUCUUAUAUAAGAGCUGCUACUAUUGAAAUUAAUAUCUUGUACGAGGCUGUAUAAAGUACUGUACUCAACAAUAGCCUAGAACAUUCAUGUGAUAGUUCUUUGUUAGUGUACAGUUAUAAUGCUACAGCGUCUCAGAUAUUUUCCUUAAGAACUGCAAUAAUUAAUGCUUGUAUACUACAGAUUUGUAAAUCAUGUGUCACUAUUGUAAUAUUAUCCAUGACUAAAGGAAAUCGCAAAUACAAAGCAGUGUACAAGGAGGAGAUUGAAAUGUGUUAAAAUUUCUUUUGGUUUUCUUUACAAAAUCGAAUGAAAUUCGAUAAGAAUAGCAUUUUUUAAAUUAAAUGUUAAUUUUAUUUUGAAUUAAUUUUUUUUGGUAUGCCUAUUUUUUCUUUUUCCUUCUUUUUGUUUUUAGUAUGUACAAGGGUUCCAUGUGAACAAGACAUAUAUAUUUGUUAGCAUUAAGAUUAUCAUGUAAAAUUAUCAUGUAAAAUUGUACGAUUAAUGGAAGCAUUAUUAAAAUGUAUGAAAAGGUUGAUUAUUGAAAUGGUUAUGCUACAUUAUAUAGCUGAAAUACUAUUUCAAAUCAAAACAUGAUCCUUUCUUUAAUAUAUGUAGUCAAUUUGUUUUUACAUAUGCCUAUCUCUUUAUCUAGUAUAAACAUCUUUUAUUUGUAAUAAAGAUAUUACGAACUGUAACAAUGCGUAAAUUGUCAGAUCGUACAAACCAUUGUGAAUAAUGAUGACGAUAAUAAUAACAAUACGAAAUAAAGAUUUCUUAGUAUUCUUUAAAA